UUGAGUUUGCAGCAUGCAAACGUGCUGAAGUGUGUGUGUAGGCUCAGCUGUGCCUGACGCGCUCGUAAGGCUGCAGGGGGGGAUGCGCGCUGCGCAGCGGACGCUCCAACUUUUUAUAUCAUGGUAAGCCUGGAUUACGUCCCCAGCACACGGAGAUACCCGCAGCCUCUGGAAAUACUGGAUUGCAGCAACGAUGCUGUCUGUUUGAAGGUUAUUUUUUAAAUCGGGAGUGGGAAUAAAAUGCAGAAGAGCGUGCGGUACAAUGAAGGCCACGCGCUGCAUCUGUCGGUGGUGGCGCGUAAAGAGGGCACGAAGCGCGGCUUCCUCAGCAAGAAGACCACCGAGAACAGCCGCUGGACCGACAAGUACUUCGCCCUCUACCAGAACGUGCUCUUCUACUUCGAGAACGAGCAGAGCACGAGGCCGUCCGGGAUCUACCUGAUAGAGGGGUGCACGUGCGAGCGCGCGCCGGCGCCCAAAGUGUCCGCCAUCAGUAAGGAGCCAGUGGAGAAACAACAGCACUACUUCCUGGUCAUCUUUGGCCACGAUGGACAGAAACCUCUGGAGCUGCGGACAGAAGAAGAGUUGGACUGUAGCGAGUGGGUGGAACGCAUCCAGCAGGCCAGCUACUCUGACAUCAUGGUCGAGCGUGAGAUCCUGAUGCAGAAGUACAUCCACCUGGUCCAGAUCCUGGAGACGGAAAAGAUCGCAGCCAAUCAGCUUCGCACGCAGCUGGAGGACCAGGACACGGAGAUCGAGAGGCUCAAAGCCGAGAUUGUAGUGUUGAACAAAGCCAAGGAGCGGAUGCUGCCGUUCCAGAGCAACCAGGAGGAAGAAGACCCAGAUAUCAAGAAGAUCAAGAAGGUGCAAAGCUUCAUGCGUGGCUGGCUUUGCCGGAGGAAGUGGAAGAUCAUCGUCCAGGACUACAUCUCCUCCCCUCACGCUGAGAGCAUGAGGAAGAGGAACCAGAUCGUUUUCAACAUGGUGGAAGCGGAGACGGAGUACGUCCACCAGCUCUCCAUCCUGGUCAACUGCUUCCUCAGGCCGCUGCGCAUGGCCGCCAGCUCCAAGAAACCACCCAUCAGCCACGACGACGUCAGCAGCAUCUUCCUCAACAGUGAGACCAUCAUGUUUCUGCACGAGAUCUUCCACCAGGGCCUGAAUGCUCGUAUCGCAAACUGGCCAACUCUGGUUCUGGCGGACCUGUUUGACAUCCUGCUGCCCAUGCUGAACAUCUACCAGGAGUUUGUGAGGAACCACCAGUACAGCCUGCAGGUUCUGGCCAACUGCAAGCAAAACAGAGACUUUGACAAGCUGUUGAAGCAGUACGAGUCCAACGCUGCGUGUGAGGGUCGCAUGUUGGAGACGUUCCUCACAUAUCCCAUGUUCCAGAUACCACGAUACAUCAUCACGCUGCACGAGCUGCUGGCACACACACCUCACGAGCACGUGGAGCGCAAGAGUCUGGAGUUUGCCAAAUCCAAACUGGAGGAGCUGUCAAAGAUGAUGCACGAUGAAGUUAGCGACACAGAGAACAUCAGGAAGAAUCUGGCCAUCGAGAGGAUGAUCGUGGAAGGCUGCGACAUCCUGCUGGACACGAGCCAGACCUUCGUCAGACAAGGUUCUCUCAUCCAUUUGCCAUCCAGCAGCGAACGGGGCAUGCUCAGUAAGGUCCGGCUGGGUUCACUCUCCCUGAGGAAGGAAGGAGAGAGGCAGUGUUUCCUCUUCACCAAACAUUUCGUCAUCUGUACGCGGACAUCUGGAGGGAAGCUUCACCUGCUGAAGCAGGGAGGAGCAUUGUCUCUCAUUGAGUGUACUCUGAUCGAGGAGCUGGACGCCAGCGAUGAGGACUACAACGCCGCCGGUCAGGGCUUCAGCCACCUGGAGUUUAAGAUCGUGGUGGAGCCUACAGACGGUCAGAGCUUCUCUGUUGUCCUCUUGGCUCCUUCGCGCCAGGAGAAGGCAGCCUGGACCAGCGACAUCAGCCAGUGCAUCGAUAACAUCCGCUGUAACGGCCUGAUGACCAGCGUGUUUGACGAGAACUCCAAAGUAUCUGUGCCGCAUAUGAUCAAGUCUGACACCCGUCUUCACAAAGACGAUGUGGACAUUUGCUUCAGCAAGACACUCAACUCCUGCAAGGUCCCACAGAUCCGAUAUGCCAGCGUGGAACGGCUGCUGGAGCGCUUGACGGACCUGCGCUUCCUCUCCAUCGACUUCCUCAACACCUUCCUCCACACCUACCGGAUCUUCACCACCGCCGCGGUGGUCAUCGACAAGCUGGCGGACAUCUACAGGAAGCCCUUCACCUCCAUCCCCGUCAGGGUCGAGCAGCACUCAUGUGACCGCCUGUCCAUCAUGUCGCUCUGCCCUGACUACAGUCUGAAGAUCACCCAGCUUGCUCUGGACCAGUCCAAGUCUCUGGAGCUCUUCUUCGCCACCACCAACCAGGGCUCCUGGGGAACCGACCCCUUGAACACCAAAUCCCCGAGGCUCUGCCGGAAGUUUUCCUCCCCUCCUCCACUCUCCAUCCCCUCUCGCACCUCCUCCCCCGUACACUGCCGCAAGCUCUCUCUCAGCUCCCCAAUCAGCAUCAAAGUAGGGACCCUGGAUCUGUCUGCCACGCCCUCCUCCUCCGCCGCCAACUCCCCCACUUCCAGCCUCAGUCCCUCCAUCUGCUCGUCACCUACCGCCUCAUCCAGGCCACCCUCGGGCUUUUCGUACCCUCCGCCCACCGCCACACGCUCCCCCAGCCUCCCUCAAGGGGCCUCCGGAGUAUCCUCGCCACCUCCCACCUCCACCAAAGCCCCAAUGGACCUGACCCGUGGCCCCAGCUCUCCGGAGCUGAGUCCAUCUGCGGGGGAGGACGUGAGCGGAGAGCUGCCUCGCCUCGACGCCAUCUGUGGGAAGCUGAGGCGUAGCAUCCGCAGGGCUGUUCUGGAGUCUGUGUCGCUGGACAAGUUUAUGCCUGAAUCUCCAUCCAUCAGCGAGCCGGGCGACUUGUCUCCCUGCCGUUCGCCGUCAACGCCGAGACACCUCCGCUACCGACAGUCAGGAGUCACAUCAGGGGAGAACUCUCGCUGCGCCAUGUCGCCUGCUUCGGCGUUCGCCAUUGCUACGGCAGCCGCCGGACACAGCAGCUCGCAGGGGUUCAAUAACUCGGAGAAAGUGUACGACAAAGAAUUCAUCAUCCGUAGAGCUGCCACCAACAGAGUCCUGAAUGUGCUACGACACUGGGUUUCCAAACAUUCCCAGGACUUUGACAUGAACAGCGAGCUGAAGACAGGGGUGAUGAGUCUCCUGGAGGAGGUGCUCCGGGAUCCAGACCUGUUGCCACACGAGAAGAAAGCUACAUCCAACAUUUUAAGUGCCCUUUCUCAAGAAGAACUCGACGACUGUCAGCUGAGGAUCGAAGACAUCCUGCAGAUGAGAAGCUGCCCCCUCUUAAACUUCAUUGUGACGGAGAAUCCUAAAGCGGAGUGUUUUGAGUCUCUUUCAGCCAUGGAGCUGGCGGAACAGAUAACGCUGCUGGAUCACAUCGUGUUCAGGAACAUCCCAUACGAAGAAUUCCUGGGGCAGGGCUGGAUGAAGGUUGACAAAAGUGAGAGGACUCCGUACAUCAUGAAGACCAGCCAGCACUUUAACGAUAUGAGCAACUUGGUGGCGUCCCAGAUCAUCGCCCACACCGACGCGGGUUCCCGGGCCAGCUCCAUAGAGAAGUGGCUGGCGGUGGCCGACAUCUGCCGCUGCCUCAACAACUACAACGGGGUGCUGGAGAUCACCUCGGCGCUGAACCGCACCGCCGUCUACCGGCUGAAGAAGACCUGGGCUAAAGUCUGCAGACAGACAAAGGCGCUGAUGGAUCGGCUGCAGAAGAUCGUGUCGUCAGAGGGCCGGUUCAAGAACCUCAGAGAGACCCUGAAAAACUGCAACCCCCCCUGUGUCCCGUACCUGGGCAUGUACCUGACCGACCUGGCCUUCAUCGAGGAGGGGACACCCAACUUUACAGAGGAGGGCCUCGUCAACUUCUCCAAGAUGAGGAUGAUCUGCCACAUCAUCCGGGAGAUCCGCCAGUUCCAGCAAGCACCGUACAGGAUAGAGCACCAGCCCAAGGUGACUCAGUUCCUCCUGGACAAGUCUUUAGUGAUGGAUGAAGACACCCUCUAUGAGCUGUCACUCAAGAUCGAGCCACGUGUACCGCCGGGCUGAUUUUAUUCACAAAGAACACACAUUAAUGAAGCUCCAGAUGUGCAAACGCUCCGUGGCACGCUGGUUUUCUUAUGUGUAAAAGCUAAUAGGUCAUCUGGUCUUAAAGGGUCUCAGUAUGACAAAUACAACCUCAAUGUACCGUUUCUUCACUGUGAUAAAAAAUUAGGGCAAAAAGAAAAAAAAGCUCUGUGGGUAAUACUAAGUACCCCCAUGAGUCCACAGCUGGAAGAUCCACCUUUAGCAGCAUUAAGUAGAAAUUGUUUCCUGCAUCACUUUGUCGGAAUCUCGCAUGGUUUUGGAGGAAACCACAGCAGCUCAUCCGGGUUCAGGUCUGGACUUUGACCAGCUCGUUCCAGAACCUUGACUCUUUUAUUUUCCAUCAUCCUGAUGUGGAUCUAUUGCUGUGUUUGGGAUCAUCUCCUGUCACCUGACCCAGUUUCAGGUCAGAUGUCCUCACAUGGGUCUCUAGAAGACUCUGGUCUACAGAUGAGAUCAUGGUCCACUCAGUGACUGGCAGGUGUCCUCAUCCAGACCAGAAUCCCUCCUCCACCGUGCUUGACAGUGUGUCUGAGUUGUUUCUGCUGGUUUCCCCCAAAUAUGGAAGACCAAACAUGUCCACGUUAGUCUCAUGUGUCCAGAGGAUAUUGUCCUAGAAGUCUCCUGGUUUGUUCAGAUGCAGGUUUGUGGACCUUAAGCUUGAGUUAUGGUUCUGCGUCAAAACGACGCCGUGCCUGCGGCGUGUGGUUUGCGUAGACGCAGACCACACGCCGUCACUGACGUGCACCUCCCGAAAAUUGUAACUACGCGUCGAGGCGACGCAGACCACACGCAGACCGAGAGGGCUGUGAUUGGUUCGCUUGGAAGCAACGCAUUUCCGGUUUCGGUUCCGGUUUGAAGCAGUCGUGAACUUUCAGCGCUCUUUUCUUCGUGUAUGUGUGAUUUUUUUUGUUUGUGUUUUUUUUGUUUUUUUGCACAAUAGUUGUCCUUAUCUCUUUGAUUCACUGUGACCGGAAAAAGUUGGGGGGUACUGCACCGCAGCGAAAUGGAGUGACGGAGAAGUCCGAAGGGUUCACGACAGCGUCACGGCGACGGCGUGUGCUCUGCGUUGGUUUGACGCAGAACCAUAAUUCAGGCUUAAGUCCUGCUUCCAUGUUGUUCUUAGACAGAAGAAGGUUUUUUUCUGGAAACUCUUCCAGACAAACCAUCCUGUGUCGGUCUUCUUCUCGUUUCUUCUUCGUCUGUCGUGGACUUGAAAAUCCAACUUCCUCUGGUAAAUGUGCUGGAAUGUCCACUGGGAUGGUCGGUGACAGUCUUGAAUGUUGAAUGUUUUCUACUCGUGAAUAAUCAUUCUCAAUGUUGAAAUCUCAACUCGAAAUAGUCUGGAAAUGGUUCUAUAACCAUUUCCAGACUGAUAUGCGGCAACAGUUGCUCCUUUAAGACCAUUGCUGAUGUCUUUUACUCUUUGCUUUGCAUUAACACACACCUGAAUCCUCCAAAACAUGUCAUCAGAUCAUCUGCGGUCAUCUGAGGUCGGAACACGUGCUGGUGGUCAGCAGAACUGGCUGCGGCUUACCUUUUUAAAUCCUAUGAACUCAGUAAGGGGGUACUUGUCAUUGCCCACAUGAUUGUUGUUGAUGAUAAAAGACUUGCAGGUUGUAUUUGCACAGUAUUGAGACCCGCUGUGGUUUAUUGUGUGUUUGCACAUGACAAAGCAUAUUCAGGAGAGGAGGUUUAACUUCUACACGUUAUUGUACAGUUCAGCCAGUGCGCGUAGGAAACUCAGGGGAACAUGUGCCUUGUAGUCUGCAGAUCUGGAUGAACAUUUAUUGACGAGACUGUCCUCUUUGUCCCACGGGUAGAAACCCUCUGAACGUGGCACCUGAACAUUGCUGCUAUCACUCUAUAAAUACGAACAAUCUGGCUCUGUAGUCUUCACCUCGGUGACGUACCACUAAUAUUUAUAUCUGCCAACGUUAACAAAUAAAAUGAAAAUGCAAUACAUUUCAUAAAUCCACCUUCCCCACGGUGGCCCUGAUGGAUCUGAGCUGAACCGGCCGGUCAACGACUGACAGAUAUAAAUGUUGAACGGAGACACAAAACAGCAGUUUUGUAAUAAUUCAUCUUUAGUGGCUCGUCUGCUUCUUUGUGGCAUUGAUGCUCACAGGAGAUGUCAGCUUCCAGCUCAAUCGUCUUUAAUCACCUGAUAAGAUUAAAGGUUAAUGGUGCAGUUUGUGUUUUAUCACGUUUCAAGAAAACAAGUCUUGUUUUAAGUCACUCUAUGUAGCAGUACCACCUCUGACCACAUGGGGGCGGUGUGUCACCUCGACGUUCAAGUGUUAGCUGCAUCACGGCCAUCACCAUUCUUGUCAACGAGGGCGGUCUCACCGGAGGCACCGGGGCCGGUUUAGAGGCAACGCCACAGUGACCGUCUGCUUGGCUCUGGUAAAGGUUGUGGCGUGUUUCAUUUGGUGUUCUGCCUCUGCAGAUCCACAAGAAUGUGGUUGAUUUAAAAAAAGAAAGGUUGCUGCAGCACUCCCACUGCUGCCGGGAACCUGGCACCGUUUACCUGGGUAUGAAUGCAGCUCACUUGGGUCGGUGUGACGCAGCAGAAUCCCUCCACAGCAGCUGUCAGUCAACAGCCAGUCUGACGCAUUGCGUUUGAGGUGUGUAAGCACCGCGACCGAAAUUUGACCCAAGUACUGGGCGUGCUCUUAUAUUGGAGCCAAAAAGGCUCCCGUACACAGCUGAAUUGUGUAUUUUGGGUUGUGAUGCAGCAAAUAAACAAAUAUGUUUCGUUUGUCUAGAGUGAUACAAACUGUACAAUGUGGACAAAAAUGGGUCAAGACGUAGCUGUUGUGGCACCAUAUUUUUCAGCUCUUUGCUUCGGGCUGGUCAUCAUGGAAACAUGAUGCUUGGACUCGAGAGAUAGUGACCAAUCACACCACUCGCCGUUGUCUCGUGGUUUCUUUAACCAUUUGGGCUAAAAUUAGAGGAAACAAAUAAUACGAUGUCCUCCGGUGCGACCUGAGGACGCGCCAACAUGUCAAAACGACCAGAGACGUGACACAGUGCACGUCUAGUGGGACACAGUGGUAUUACAGAAUGUGACGGACUGUCUCCACUCAGUAGCACAGUGUUAUCAGUGACUCUACUGCCAAUCUAAGAGAAGAGGUAUCACUUUAACAUAUUCUCAAACAUAAAACAUGUUCAUCCUGCUUGAUAAUCAAAUCGUCUUUUCAGUUUUUAAUACUCAUUUUUUACACAAAUGUUUCUGAUCCACAUUUUUUUUUAAUUUAAGCCAGAAAAAGCUUCUUACAUGCAGUCACACAAUAAAGUGUUUCUUUGACAUGCAUCACAUCGAUCAUCAGUUCCUGUCCAUGUGAUUAUUUAUCAUAGAUAAACCCCUGUCACUGUACUCGUAAACUAGUCACAUAUUUUGCACUAUUGAUUUUGAGUCUAUUGAAUGUCAAUAGACUGUAAAGUUGUUUAUCACAUGAAUAUAGCAUGAUUGUCCUGGAAACCAUCCUUGUAGAAGACUGUUACAGAUUAGUUUUUGGGUAUUUUUCCCCGCUCCUGAUGUCAGGAAGCUUCUAACGUUAGUGUUAUUUAGACUUGUGCUGUCUGACACUGCUGCCCACUCUCAGACUCAAGUUGUACGCCAAUACUUUUCCAUGCAUUUCUAUGUGUAUUGUACAGAUAUUUACACUCACAAGGAUUCAAAAUAAAACUUGAAAAAGGACACUGUAAUGUUGCAGAUUACUGUCAAAAUCAAUGAAAGGAGAUUAUAGGACCAUGAAUGGCGUUGUAAGAUGAUUGUAACUUCUGGGUCUGUGGCACGUAGUCAGUGACGUCACCAGGGGGUGGCCAAGGGUGGCCACGGCCCCCCCUACAAAUUUGCUGGCCUCCCCACUGGCCACCCCUACGGAAGAGUAUUAGAGCCAGGCAGGAGAAAAAUAAAAAUAAUAUUUUAGAGGAGGAAGAUUUUUUUUUUUCAUUAUGCACUUCG